GACGGGGAUUAACCUGAAAACGCUGCCUUCAUUGAGCCACAAUGGAGACUAAAUAGGAACUCGCUCGGUUUCAGGCUUUUAAUGUAUUUAUUUCAUGAAGUAAGAUUUGUACUAAUAGCUUCAAAAAAUCUGCGGUUACUCGUUUUCGACACGUUAUACAAAUCAGGAAAACAAGUUGCGGACACACCCUGAAGCUUGUCCACAACUGGGUUUGGGUUUUUUUUUUGAAUAAGGAAAUCGUCUCCAGGCUAACGCUAUGUAGCAAGCUAAUCUCAGUUAUCCUCCGUAAACCCGGCUAUCCUUUCACAAACAGCCACAACACCCACACACCGAGGUAAGCACGUUGACUCGACACGACAACGAGGAGGACACCGCAGAGAGACGGGCAUGACCGAGUACAAACUCGUGGUGGUCGGGGCUGGAGGUGUAGGGAAGAGCGCUCUCACCAUCCAGCUCAUCCAGAACCACUUCGUGGACGAAUAUGAUCCAACCAUCGAGGACUCGUACAGAAAGCAGGUGGUGAUUGACGGGGAGACAUGUCUGUUGGACAUCCUGGACACUGCCGGUCAGGAGGAGUACAGCGCCAUGAGGGACCAGUACAUGAGAACAGGGGAGGGCUUCCUCUGUGUGUUCGCCAUCAACAACACCAAGUCCUUCGAGGACGUCCACCUCUACAGAGAGCAGAUCAACCGGGUGAAGGACAGUGACAGUGUUCCCAUGGUGCUGGUGGGGAAUAAGAGCGACCUGAGCACUCGCACGGUGGAGUCGCGGCAGGCGCAGGAGCUCGCUAGAAGCUACGGAGUGCCGUUUGUCGAGACCUCUGCCAAAACCAGACAGGGCGUAGAGGAAGCUUUUUAUUCGCUAGUACGUGAGAUUAGACGAUAUAAGGAGACCAACCGCAGCAACAAGAAGAGCAAGAAGAACACUCGGAGGCGCUGCAUAAUACUAUAGCCCAACACGCAGACCAGCUCAUCCCUAAAAGCACUUGUCUUGCGCUCACGCUGCACCCGCUCCGAUGCCCAUCACGGCAGCGGAGGUGGCUGCUGGUUCCCACAUGCAGUACGUCACAGGAUACGCAAUGUCUAUUCAACGCUGUGAAUUAUCUGCUUCUUUUUGUUGACCAAACGGCUGCAAAAUGAAGUUUUUACAUGAGUUUUUUUGUUGUUGCUACGGUUCGCAUUUGUGCAAACUUAAUUGGAGUCAGUGGUAGAAAGAUUUCAUUUUCCUGUAAUGAUCGUACUCUUACUAAUUGGUAUCACGUCAAGUUGGUGUCACAAACUAUUCCUGUUGACUCUUCGUAGGUCCGGGGUCCACAGUGGUGGUGCGUCACUGCACUUUGCACCGUCAUGUCAGGUGACACUUUCAGUCUAAAGUCUCUGACUAUUUAAAGAGGUGAUAUUAGAUUGGUACCUUUUUUUUUUUUUUAUAAACCGUUUACUCAGUUACUUCUCAGGUGCUGAUAAAACACAUCCUGAGAGCUGUGAUGCAUCGUGGAAGCUGGAAGUCUUCCCAUGUGGUACAUUUAAACUCCACUGAUGCGGAAACUCCUCACAAAAUCUCUGACUUUGACUCGUUAUCUGAUCAUCUUGAGAUACUUGAUAAGGAACCAGUUUUUUAUAGCAGUGUUUGUCCUCUUUCAUAAUUAAUUACCCUCCAUGUUGUGGAUGACAUUUAUAUUUUUGUAGUAGAACCAUGAAAGGUUCCUGCUUUUCAAUGGUGUUAAACAAAUAGCGUCCCGAAGCCCCUUUCAUUAUUAAACGUUUAGUCUCUCACUGACAGCUAUGUAAAAUCUUUAAUGCACUCGGCUGUAAUGAACAAAUAAAGGUCUUCAGCUUGUA